GCGGCGGCCGGCGUCGGGAGUCGCCGACCGGGGUUGCGCUGAGUUGGAGAGGCCGGGUUCAGGCCUCGGGCGCAAAAGGGCCUCGCAGAUUGAGACGCCGCAUAACCGGAUUUCCAAAAAAGAGCUCGCCCAGUUCCUGGCUCCCGGGCACCGAUCGGACUCAGCCACUCGACUGAAACUUGGGGCCGACCUCUGGGGCCGAAGGAGGCGAGGGGGUGUGGAGGAGGCGGCGAAGGAGGGAGGCGGCGGCCGGCGGAGCCUCGGGGCAACGAGACGGAACAGCACCGCGGAGGCAGCGGCGGGGUCGCGCAGUCGGCGGCGCGGGGCUCCCGCCCGGAGGGGGCCGGACUGGGUGCGGGGGGCGUGCGCAUUGCUGUGCGCUGGGGGGUCGAGAGACUUGGACAAACUUUGCAGGGUAACCGGAGACGCUUGUUGAUCCUCGCCGCAGAGAAAGCCUCACCGUUACGUCUCGCCGGAGACGGGAAGGCGCCUCCCGCCCCUCCCGGAGCCCCUGGCCCUGGCCGACGCGUUUGGGUCCCCGGCGGCAGCGCGAGGGCCCGGCGGAGGCGGCUGCGGCGCCCCCGCGGCUGGCGGCCUCGCCCCCGCGGCGCAGGCACCCCAGCGGCAGCGCCCUCCGCUCCGCGCCGCCCACGGCCCGGCCCCGGCGCCGGGAGGACUCCCAUGCGCCGGGCGCGGCGGCGCCUCCCUGCAUCCACGCCUCUCGCCCUCGCCUCGUCUCGCUCCUCCAGCUGAGAACGCCGCUGCUCCCGCGGCCGGCGAUGCGGGGCUCCCGCGUAGCGGCGUCGCGCUCGCCCCUGGGCCUGUGCGCCCUGGUGCUGGCGCUGCUGGGCGCGCUGCCCGCGGGCACCAGGGCGCAGCCGUACCACGGCGAAAAGGGCAUCUCGGUGCCGGACCAUGGCUUCUGCCAGCCCAUUUCCAUCCCGCUGUGCACGGACAUCGCCUACAACCAGACGAUCCUGCCCAACCUGCUGGGCCACACAAACCAAGAGGACGCGGGCCUCGAGGUGCACCAGUUCUACCCUCUGGUGAAGGUGCAGUGUUCUCCCGAGCUGCGCUUCUUCCUGUGCUCCAUGUACGCGCCCGUGUGCACCGUGCUGGAUCAGGCCAUCCCGCCGUGCCGCUCGUUAUGUGAACGCGCCCGCCAGGGCUGCGAGGCGCUCAUGAACAAGUUCGGCUUCCAGUGGCCUGAGCGCCUGCGCUGCGAGAACUUCCCGGUGCACGGCGCCGGCGAGAUCUGCGUGGGCCAGAACACGUCGGACGGCUCGGGGGGCGCGGGCGGCAAUCCCACCGCCUAUCCUACGGCGCCCUAUCUGCCCGAUCUGCCCUUCACCGCGCUGCCCCCGGGGGCCUCCGAUGGCAGAGGCCGGCACGCCUUCCCCUUCUCGUGUCCCCGCCAGCUCAAGGUGCCCCCCUACCUGGGCUACCGCUUCCUGGGCGAGCGCGACUGCGGCGCCCCGUGCGAGCCGGGCCGGGCUAACGGCCUCAUGUACUUUAAGGAGGAGGAGAGGCGCUUCGCCCGCCUCUGGGUGGGCGUGUGGUCGGUGCUGUGCUGCGCCUCGACGCUCUUCACCGUGCUCACCUACCUGGUGGACAUGCGGCGCUUCAGCUACCCCGAGCGGCCCAUCAUCUUCCUGUCGGGCUGCUACUUCAUGGUGGCCGUGGCGCACGUGGCGGGCUUCCUGCUGGAGGACCGCGCCGUCUGCGUGGAGCGCUUCUCGGACGACGGCUACCGCACGGUGGCGCAGGGCACCAAGAAGGAGGGCUGCACCAUCCUCUUCAUGGUGCUCUACUUCUUCGGCAUGGCCAGCUCCAUCUGGUGGGUCAUCCUGUCCCUCACUUGGUUCCUGGCGGCCGGCAUGAAGUGGGGCCACGAGGCCAUCGAGGCCAACUCGCAGUACUUCCACCUGGCCGCGUGGGCCGUGCCUGCCGUCAAAACUAUCACCAUCCUGGCCAUGGGCCAGGUGGACGGGGACCUGCUCAGCGGGGUGUGCUACGUGGGCCUGUCCAGCGUGGACGCGCUGCGGGGCUUCGUGCUGGCGCCUCUGUUCGUCUACCUCUUCAUCGGCACGUCCUUCCUGCUGGCGGGCUUCGUGUCGCUCUUCCGCAUCCGCACCAUCAUGAAGCACGACGGCACCAAGACGGAGAAGCUGGAGAAGCUCAUGGUGCGCAUCGGCGUCUUCAGCGUGCUCUACACCGUGCCGGCCACCAUCGUGCUGGCCUGCUACUUCUACGAGCAGGCCUUCCGCGAGCACUGGGAGCGCACCUGGCUCCUGCAGACGUGCAAGAGCUACGCCGUCCCCUGCCCGCCCGGCCACUUCCCGCCCAUGAGCCCCGACUUCACGGUCUUCAUGAUCAAGUACCUGAUGACCAUGAUCGUGGGCAUCACCACCGGCUUCUGGAUCUGGUCCGGCAAGACCCUGCAGUCAUGGCGCCGCUUCUACCACAGACUCAGCCACAGUAGCAAAGGGGAGACUGCGGUAUGAGCGGCGGCUCUUCUCCCAGCCUGCGACCCCCCUACACACACCCCGACUUCUUUGCUGGGGGGAGGGGUAGGGGAGAGGCACUCACUAUAGGGAGCGAAGUGCUGGUUUGAGGGGAGCUGGCAGGGGGGAAGCUGGGUUUCGUAACCACCCCCUCCACUGAGAGUUGACCUGGAAAUGAGAAGAGAUUGGAAGUGAUGGGAGGUUUGGAGAGGAGGCUGGGUAGAAAGGAUGAAAAGACUUCUGGCAAAGACUUGCAGGAGGAGGAGGAGGAGGCGUUCAUUGUGAAAGGUUUGGGCUGGCUAGAGCCAGUAGAGUCGGCUGAGAGCAACCGAAGCUGCUGUGAGUUCUUCCCGCUCUGGGCCGAGCUGGGGCUGCGAGCCGUCCUCCCCCCGCUGCAAGGCAAAAGUGGCUGCCCUGGCUCCUGAAAGGCCUGCGGAAAAGGUACGGCUCUGUCUGCAGCCGAGGCUUUGUUGGGGAGAGGGGGGACCCCUGCGGUGUCCUUGUCAAGCAGUGUUCAAACCAUAAUCUCUUUUCACUAGGGCCAAACUGGAGCCCAGAUGGGUUAAUUUCCAGGGUCAGACAUUACCGUCUCUCUUCCCCUACCCCCCUCCCUCCUGUUUUUCCUCCCCUACUCCUUUCAAGUCUUGGAAAAUAAGCAUUUGGAAGUCCUGGGAGGCCUGCCUGCCUGCCUGCUACAAUCCUAACGUGAAGAUGCAGAAGUGACGGUCACAUUUCAAGAUGAGGCCAUGGAGAAGAGGAGUAGCUAUUUUGGCUACUUUUUCGUUUUGUUGGGAAGGCAGCCUGCAGAAAGAAGGGUGUUUUAUUUUAUUUUAUUUUAUUUGGUUUAAUACCUUGAAAAGAAGUGAUGACUUGUUGCUUUUCAAAACAGGAAUGUGUUUUCCCUCUUGUCUUUGUUAUAAGAGACAAAAGAGGAAACAAAAGUGUCCCUGUAGAAAGGCAUAACUGUGAAGACAGCAACUUUUAUAGGUAAAUCAGCACAAAUCUGAGGUUUCCUUUUAGUUGUUAAUUUGGUUGAGAUAAACAUUCCUUUUUAAGGAAAAGUGAAGGGCAGUGUGCUUGCAUACCCUCUCAGCCCGCGGAUCUGACUUGGAUAAAGGAAAUGCAAGGGGUUUUGUUUGUUUAAAGCACGUUUAAUUCAGAACAUAUGAUCCAACAGGGUCUGUUAAAGUGUUUAGGGUAAUCCUCCCCCCCCCUUUUUCUUUUCCUAGCUAUAAGCUUACAUUUAGCCUUCAUCCUAUUUUUCCCCUCCAAUUGGGAUACUUCAAGAUAAAAGACAAAAGCAUAAUGCCCUCAACAGAUUCAUAAAAGAAAGUUAAAAAUUUAAAGGUUAAAUUCAAAAUUUUUAUAGUUAAAAAUUUUAAAGUUAAAAGGUAAACAACCAUUUUAUUUUAUUUUUCUAGUUCCAUAUGUCUUGUAAAAACAUCAUGUGUAUAUUGACCCUGUCUCUGCUUGGGUGGGGAGGUGAUCUGCACACUGCAGAAAUGAUAGUAAAUGAAGCAGAAAGUUUGAACCAUGGGCCCCAUUUUUUAAAGAAAGUCAUUAAAAAAAGGUAAACUUCAAAGUGAUCCUGGAGUUCUUUGAAAUGUGCUGGAAGACUUAAAUUUAUUAAUCUUAAAUCAUGUACUUUUUUCCCCUUAUACUAGAACUCUGGUUCUUUUGCUUAAUGAUGUAAAACUGAGCAAAGGAUCGUGGGAGCUGACCGUCACUUGGCUUUGACACUGCCCUCCAAUCUUGCCACACUGAUUCUUAGAGCAGCUUUGAAGGGCUGGUCAGUGGAUACUGUCUGUACAAGUUACUUAAUAUAUGUAACAUUUGGUUGAGAAGAGCUGCUCUUACAUGAGAUUGCAAAGUUGACUUGUAUUUUUUAAACCUUCAAAACUGACUCACCUGUCAGUUGUGGUUUUGGUUGUUUUCUUUUUAAAUGCCACCACACAGGUUUUGGCAUCUUUUGUGUUGUAUCUCUUUUAAGUGCAUGUGAAAUUUGUAAAAUACAGACAAGUGCAGUAUGUAUAUUUUGUAAAUCUCCCGUUUUUGUAAGAAAAUAUAUAUUGUAUUUAUACAUUUUUACUUUGGAUUUUUUGGUUUGUUUUGCCUUUAAAAGUCUACAAUGAAGCCCUCACUUUAUCACAUGUACAGAUCACAAAUAAAUUUUUU